AUGGCGGCCAAUGCAGGAUCGAUGUUUCAAUAUUGGAAGCGCUUUGACUUACAACAACUACAGAAAGAACUCGAUGCCACGGCCACACAGCUCGCCAACAGACAGGACGAGAGUGAACAGUCCAGGAAGAAGCUCAUCGACCUCAGCCGCGAGUUCAAGAAGAACACACCAGAGGACUUUCGGAAACAAGUCGCCCCUUUGCUCAAGAACUUCCAAGGAGAGAUUGACGCCCUGAGCAAGAGGAGUAAAGAAGCAGAGGCCGCCUUCUUAAACGUGUACAAGAAAAUAAUCGAUGUCCCAGAUCCCGUACCUGUGCUGGAGCUGGCUCAGCAGCUGCAGCUGAAGCUCCAGAGAAUGCACGACAUUGAGACGGAGAACUCCAAACUUCGAGAGACACUGGAGGACUACAACAAAGAGUUUGCAGAAGUCAAAAAUCAAGAGGUGACCAUCAAAGCCUUGAAGGAAAAGAUACGGGAAUAUGAGCAGACGCUGAAGAACCAAGCUGAGAACCUGGCACAAGAAACGCAACUCCAGUUACACAACGACUAUGCAGAGAAAGAGAGGAAACUCCAGGAAAGCCAAGACUCCAUGUCGUCACGGUUGGAGGAAGCCGAGCACAAGGCGCAGUCCCUCCAGACAGCACUUGAAACAACUCAGGCCGAGCUCUUUGAUCUGAAGACGAAAUACGAUGAGGAAUCCUCAGCAAAGGCUGACGAGAUUGAGAUGGUGAUGACAGACCUUGAGCGAGCCAAUCAGCGAGCUGAGGUGGCGCAAAGAGAGGCUGAGUCACUGCGGGAGCAGCUGUCCUUGAGUAACCAAUCCCAGCAGGCCGGCAGCCCGACCGACAAGGCCGACCCCGACACGGAGCAGCCUGCGGAGGUGGCAUCAUCGCACUCGAGUCUGGAAGUAGAGCUCAGGGCCAAAGAAAGAGAGAGCGCACAACUGGUGGAGGACGUCCAGAGACUGCAGGCCAGCCUGACCAAACUCCGAGAGACCACCAGCACCCAGAUAACACAGCUGGAGCAGCAGCUCAGCAGCAAAACUGCCGUUCUCAAGGAACUCGAGGAGAAACUUGAGAAGCAAGCAGACUACGAGGAGGUGAAGAAGGAGUUGGGUAUUCUCAAGUCUGUGGAGUUUGGAACAUCAGAGUCCAUGCAGGAUUCAUCCAAACCUCUGGAGGUACUGUUGCUGGAGAGGAACCGUAGUCUUCAGUCGGAGAGCGCCGCACUGCGCAUAGCCAACGCCGAGCUCAGUGGGCCAGCCGGGCGGAAAGGGACAGAAGAGACGACACCCAAGGAGGAAACCAGCGACCCCUCUUCUUCGCCCCCUCCCUCUCUUCCUUCCUCCUCGCAGCCUUCCCUGUCUCGCACUCACACGGAUGCCCUCAACACUGCCACCACCACCACCAGCAGCAGCAGCGGGGAAACGCACCCUUUCACUCCCACGGGCAUUGGACAGGACUUCUACUCACCGGUUUUCCCGCUUGUUGGUGGGAAGAUGGCUUUGAACUCUUUGAUCCAGAGGCAGCUGCUGCAGACCUUCUACUCCAAAGCCUUGCAGGAGUCGUCUGGGAUACCCAGUGGGGCCCUGCUGUUCACUCCUUUCACCCCGACUCUCAGCUCCAUCCCUACCUCCACGCCCGGAUGCGGGUCCGCCGCCAUCCCUCUAGCAGCCAGCAGCCCUCAGCCGCCCCCGGCCAGCCCGGACAUGGCUCCCGUUAACGGCAGCAGCACGGCUGGCAGCGCGCCCUCUCCGUCCCCGAGCCACUCUGACGCCAACACUGGAAGUGUUUUGGAUGGCGAGGACAUGGACACAGCGGAGAUCGCCCGGCAGGUGAAAGAGCAGCUGAUCAAACACAACAUCGGUCAGCGCGUGUUCGGCCACUACGUGCUAGGACUCUCCCAGGGCUCGGUCAGCGAAAUCCUUGCCCGACCGAAACCCUGGAACAAGCUCACCAUCCGCGGCAAGGAGCCCUUCCACAAGAUGAGGCAGUUCCUGGCCGACGAGCAGAACAUUCUGGCGCUGCGAAGCAUCCAGGGACGGCAACGAGAGGGCUCAGGCCAGCCCCAGCUUAGCCGAGUGUUUCAGGAUGUUCCGAAGCGGAGAGCCCUCUCCAAUACAGCUUCACACACAGGAAACAUCACCGCUCGCGUCCGCUCUCAAGAAGCAGGUUCCGAUGAGGCCAUCAAGUCCAUUUUGGAGCAGGCCAAAAGAGAGUUGCAGGUGCAGAAAGCCGAUUUGUCUCACGUGCAACCCUCGUACACGGGCUUGAAAGGAGGGGGUGGAAGCAGGCUAGGUGGCGGAGGGGGCAGCGGGUCAGACGAGGCCAUCCACUCCAUCUUGGAGCAAGCUCGCAGGGAGAUGGAGGCCCAGCAGGCUGCGCUGGAGCCCAUCCUCAAAGCCUCAUCAUCCUCUUCCUCAUCCUCCCUCGCAUCGCUUUCUCAGAGGGACCUCAUGAGCUCGGCGCUAACUGCUCCCCUCCCCCCUUACAACCCCCUGGCUCUAUCACUCAAGAAGCCUCCCAGCUCCCUCUUGUCGUCCCCUUCCUCCCCGUCCCCCGUGCUGGACUUCAGCUCUGGCAUCAAGAGGGAAGGCAGGCCUUCUUCAGGGAUCGACGUGUCAUCAGACGGCUCUCUCAGACUGGGCCGAAGCUCCGAGGGGUCGCUACGCUCCGGGAGCGCGGCAGGAGGGGUGGGUUACUGGAGGGAGCAGUGGUGGAGCAGCAUGCACACGGACCCCCGCAGGUCUACGGCAGGAGAUGAGAACCACAACCAGGAAGACUCCAAAGAGGGAAUACUGAGUGACAGUCUGUCUCGAAACAAGCCGUGGAACAAGCUGAACCAGAGGAACCGGGAGCCGUACCUGCGCAUGCAGCCGUGGCUCAAUGGAGACCAGGGGCAAAACGCACACGUCCAACCAGCUCAGAACCAAGCAGAAGGUACUCCCAAAACAUCGGCGAGCUGCAGCCCCGCUCCAGAGUCGCCUCUCAGUUCAGCCGAAGAGUCUGUCAACGGACUGGCCGGCGAGCUGAUCACGUCGCAGUCGUCCGGUCUCAAGCCCCCUGCUGACGACACUUCUUGUGGGGACUCCCAGCCCGGCACCCCGCUGCCCAUACCUGGUCACUCGGGUUUGAGCAUUCAGGAGAUGGUGGCAAUGUCUCCCGAGCUCGACACUUACGCUAUUACCAAGAAGGUGAAGGAGGUGCUGACGGACAACAACCUCGGCCAGCGUUUGUUUGGGGAGACUAUCCUGGGUCUGACCCAGGGUUCUGUCUCAGACCUGCUGGCCAGGCCCAAACCCUGGCACAAGCUCAGCCUGAAGGGCAGGGAGCCCUUUGUCCGCAUGCAGCUUUGGCUCCAGGACCCGCAUAGUGUGGAGAAACUCAUGGACAUGAAGCGCCUGGAGAAGAAAGCCUACAUGAAGAGGAGGCUGAGCUCCCUGAGUGAUGGACAUUCUGUGGACGGGGCUAUAGUUGGGCCGGACUAUGUCCAAGGCUCUCAAAGUCCGGGUCUGCAGCAGCAGCUUAAGAAGCCCCGGGUGGUGCUGGGCCCUGAGGAGAAGGAGGCUCUAAAAAGGGCAUACCAACAGAAACCUUACCCUUCGCCCAAGACAAUUGAGGAGCUGGCCUCCCAGCUCAACUUGAAAACCAGUACUGUCAUCAACUGGUUUCACAAUUACAGGUCACGUAUCCGACGAGAACUCUUCAUUGAGGAAAUCCAGGCAGCGGGCGGAGUCGGACCCGGCAGCGAGGGGGGCUCCCCUUCCCUCCGCGGGUCCAAAUCAGGAGAAGGGGACAGCUGCGACGGGACCGAGUCGGAAGACACGGUGGAGGCGCGCCAGGGAUUCGGAGUGGGUCCGGAGGAUCACAGGGGAGCGUGCAAAGAUCACGACAUGGAGGCGGAGUCUGAAGCAGGGGGAUCGAAUAAUUCCCCUUCCCAGCUAGACUGCAUCCCGCCGGGCUCUAGCGGACUGGGGCUCUUCAGCCUGACGGAGGCGUCCCCAAGUAGCUCCGCCUCGAGUACGAACGUCCCAAUCUCUGGCCCGGCCAGGAACCCCAGGGAUAACAAUCUGCGCAAGAAGAAAGCCGCCAACCUCAAUAACAUCAUUCAUCGGCUGGAGAAGGCUGCCAGUAAAGAGGACCCCUCAGAGUGGGAAUUCUAG